UCACAAGGUGUCACCUUGCGGCAACACGUGUGGCACUGGCUUGAGCAUGAAUUAGCUGUGGUCAAUAUAUUAACGUCUCUUGAUUCAACCGAUCCGGCAGAGUUUGCCACUUCAUUAAGCUCGACGUCACCCGACGGUGAUCGAGCUGUUGACCUGGUUUCUCCCGUUCAAACCACCUCACUCAGUCGAGCCAAACGUCCGUUGAGUGGAAUUUCAGUUGGUAAAGAUCGAUUAUCAGGAGAUCAUUAUUGCGCAAUGAAUCGAGGACCGCUCACCACUCCGUCCUAUUUAAUUCAGUUGAAUUCAUGUGAGCCUCGGUCUGGAAGUUCGAAACCAUCAGAUUCUUCAAACAAACAGAGAGAUACUUUAUGCGCUUCAGCGGCAAUAUUUCUGUCCCCAUCUACGAUCUUAACUGAGACUCGUGAAGCGGAGUUAGAGCGAAUACGAAUUCGUCUUCAAUGGCUUCGUAAUCACAAAGCGUUCCUCACUUCACUGAUUAACUUCUGUGGUCUUUACGGUGCAAGUGGUGUCGGACUGCCGGCUGUGCGUACUGAAUUGUUGUUGUUGCUCACGGAACUGUACACCUAUCCGGCCUAUCAGCCACAGCCUAUCUCCCCCUUCAUGAACAUCGGAAGUUCCGGAACAGAUGGAUCUAUCGGCAGCCAAAGCCCAUUACUCACAGGACGCUCCACAUCGGUACUUCCUUGGCCGUCCAGCACGAUUGGUUUAGUGGAUGGUAUUCCGUUGUUACGAACCACAUUGCAUCUACCUCCGGGAGUGCUGUUACUCCCGGAUCCAAUCAAGCAUAUACAGUGCAUGAUUCACGACCUUAUCUCUUGUUUGGAGAGUUUGCCGCCACCGUACUUGACCACAGCGAUUCUUCCUUGUCCAUAUCAUGCCUCGAAAAGCGGUUCCUCCUCGACGGAACCUGCUACUAUGCAACAAUCAAAACUCGAAUCGACCGCCCUACGCCCAUCAGAUCAGCUCAAGGGUACUUCUGAUACUGAAUGUUCAUAUUGUUCUCUUUGUGCCACGGCACCAACGCGUAAUCGCCAGAGGCGAGUAUUUCUGUUGCGCAAUCUCUGUGCAGCACUUGCUGUGUGUUUGCACCAAUGCUUGUCCACCGGUGGUUGGCUGGGUCCAGGGCAAGAUAUGAAAGGUGGCUCUUUAGGCUGUAUUUCUCUGCCUGCCUCCACUGGAAUGACUAAUCGAUCCGUUGAUCGUUUGAUCGCAUCGGGACAGCCCCUGAAGCCAAACACGGAACCAUCUCGAUGGCCUGGUGAGUAG